CUCUUCAGUCAGUCUUCCCAUUCUCGCUCCUCUGUCACUCACUUUCUCACACAAAGCAAAAAGCCCACUUCCUAUCAACGCUACGCUAUCCCUCACACUCCCCACUCUUCACUCCUCCCAACUCUCAUCCCUCAAUCAACGAACUGGUGGAGUACGCAAAAAUGGCUACUCUCUUUUCCGUUUCCCAUUUUACCCCCAUCACAUUCCUCUACUUCCUCCUCCUCCUCCUCUCUAUGUCCCAUAAACCCAUUUUCUCCAUUGAAAUCACCAAUCUCUUAUCCUCCUACCCUGAUCUCUCCGACUUCAGCGACCUCCUCACCUCCACCGCCGUCGCUUCCGAUCUCGCCCCCCGCACCUCCAUCACCCUCCUCGCCGUCCCCAACGCCUUCCUCAGCUCCUCCGAUCUAGCCAACCACCACUCCCCUCCUUCCCCUUCCUCCCCUAACCUCGCCGACGUCCUCCGCUACCACGUCCUCCUCGAAUACCUCUCCUGGCCCGACCUCCGCCUCAUUCCCCCCAACGGCAGGCUCGUCCCCACCCUCUUCCAAGCCACCGGCCGUGCGUCCACCAAUUCCGGCUUCGUGAACAUCACGCGCAACCCUGUCUCCAACGCCAUCACCCUCCACUCUUCCACUUCAAACGCUACCCUUUUAUCCCUCGUCAAAACGCUUCCUUAUAACGUCUCCAUCUUCUCCAUCGACUCCCUGCUCAUCCCAUCUGAUACGAACCUCAUGGCCUCCGAAACUCGUCCUCCAUUAGGCCUAAACAUCACUAAAGCCCUAAUCGACGGCCACGACUUCAACGUCGCCGCGUCGAUGCUCACGGCCUCCGGUGUAGAGUCUGAAUUCGAAGACGACGAAGGCGGAGCUGGGAUCACGCUUUUUGUCCCAACUGACGAAGCAUUUUCCGAUUUGCCAGCUCGGAUAAAGUUCCAGUCAUUGCCAGCUGAUCGGAAAGCGGUGGUUUUGAGGUUUCACGUCUUGCAUUCUUAUUAUCCUCUUGGGUCUCUCGAGUCGAUCGUCAACCCGGUUCAGCCCACAUUGGCCACUGAGUCCAUGGGGGCCGGAAGAUUUACCUUAAACAUAUCCAGAAUUAAUGGGUCGGUCGCGAUUGAUAGCGGGAUUGUACAGGCGACGGUGACGCAAACCGUUUUUGAUCAAAACCCUGUGGCCAUUUUCGGGGUCUCCAAGGUCUUGUUGCCCAAGGAGUACUUUGGGAGUAACCCAAUUGAGGUGGACAAGCCCGUUGGUGGACAAAUGGGAAGUGAUGCUCCGCCGCCGGAUAUUUCACUCUCGCCGGAGAAUUCACCGGGAUUUUAUGGUCCGCCGAGUCACAUAUCUUCGCCGCCCGGUUUAGACAUGACAUCUGCAGCUGCGGCUGACAAGGGUUUGUUGAGCUGGAGGAUAUUUUUGGGUUUGUGGUGUAUAGGUGUUUAUUAUUUUUAUCUAUUGUUGCAAACAGAUGAAGGAAAAGCUGAACAUUUGCAAUGUGUCAUCACCACCGUUUUCAUAAUGUAUAUAGUUCUUGAAAUCGUUCAAAUAUUCAGCAGAAACUUGAGGAAAAUGCAAAUAGCCCGUUCAGUUUCUUUAUCAAUGUUCCAGUUGUGACUUGUGCGGUGUCAGCUGCCACAUUUUUGUUAUUCGUCCUCGAUGGUUUACAAAAAAAUUUUUGAAGAAGAAAGUUUUUUUCCUCUCUGAAGUUAGUAGUUAGUACUGCUCCAAAAUUCACCUGAGGUACUUUACUAUUCCGGCGGAAAGUGAGAGCAGCAGAGCGUGUCAUUUGCGAAGACACAAGGGGGAAAAUGGUUGGUAGUGCAUGUGUAUCCAGCUAAUUCUACAUAUGGAUUGUGAUGGCAUAUUUUGGUUCUGCUUAUAAUUCGUGUGCGCCGUACUACUGGGAUUAUUGGCCAAAAAAAGCGACUGACAAUUUAUCAUCUUUACUGGAAAGAAAAAGACGAGAAAUCAGAAUAGUUUUGGGUUGGUUGGUUGCACAAAGCUGACGGUGACUGACGGUGCUGGUCAUUGAAAAGCUGAUGUCAACUCAGCCCCUGCUUGCAAUUGCAGCUAAUUCUAUGGGAUUGCAUGUCUACAGUUUGGUCACUCGGCAAAGUGUGCCAACCACCGGAUCUAAUCAUCGGCUUUUGUUUGGGUACUCUGGGCAGCCUUGCUAUGCUUGUUCACUAUGUCGUCAUUGUGGACGUGGGUGUUCAGCUCUAGCUUUCUUUUUACAUUCAAAGGCGUCCAUUCACAUUCACUCGCUCCUGACAUUAUUGUUUUUAGUGGUCUUUUUAUUCAGGCCCAGUUGUGUUGCAUCAAUUUUUUUUGUUUUUGCUUUUCCCAAAUCUAUUCCUACGCUAAUAAAGAGUGCGAGUU